ACCCCUCUAUCCUCCCUCUCGCGUUCCAUAACAGGAGAAGAGGAGAGUCCUUCAGAGGAAAGUAAAGAGAGGAAGAAGAAAGGGAUAGAGAGUAUGGUGAAGGAGAUGAGCAUGGAGGGGGAGCACCAGAUGGUGAAGGACUACAAGGACCCACCGCCGGCGCCACUGCUGGGGGUGGAGGAGCUCCGGCGGUGGGCGCUCUACCGCGCCCUGAUCGCCGAGUUCAUUGCCACACUCCUCUUCCUCUACGUCACCAUCGCCACCGUCAUCGGCUACAAGCGGCAAUCGCAAGCCGAUCGAUGCAACGGCGUCGGCCUCCUCGGCGUUGCAUGGUCCUUCGGCGGCAUGAUCUUCGUCCUCGUCUAUUGCACCGCCGGCAUCUCCGGUGGACACAUCAAUCCGGCGGUGACGUUCGGGUUGUUCUUGGCGAGGAAGGUGUCAUUGAUCCGAGCGGUUCUCUACAUGGUGGCUCAGUGUCUGGGGGCCAUUUGCGGGGCGGGAUUGGUGAAGGCAUUCAUGAAGCACUCCUAUAACUCUCUUGGUGGCGGAGCUAGCGAGGUGGCGCCAGGGUACUCCAAGGGCAGCGCCCUGGGCGCCGAGAUCAUCGGCACCUUCAUCCUUGUCUACACCGUCUUCUCCGCCACCGAUCCGAAGCGCAAGGCCCGCGAUAGUCACGUCCCGGUUUUGGGGCCUCUACCGAUCGGGUUUUCGGUGUUCAUGGUGCAUUUAGCUACGAUACCGAUCACGGGGACCAGCAUUAAUCCGGCGAGGAGCUUCGGUCCGGCAGUUAUCUACAACCAGCACAAGGCCUGGCGUGAUCAGUGGAUCUUUUGGGUGGGACCGAUGCUUGGUGCGGCGGCCGCGGCGGCGUACCACCAGUACGUGCUAAGGGCUCACGUCGUCAAGGCCUUGACCUCGUUCCGCAGCAACUCUCACAACUGAGCUCUGCCUCUACCUUAAUCUUCUUCUUCUUUGGUUGUAGACAUGACUAUGAAAAAAAUUUCGUCGAUGUUGUGGGGUGUGUGGUUUGAGUGCUUUUCUUUUCAUGUUCUCUCGUGAUGUCUCUUUACUUAUUGUGCUAGAAGGAUGAUGUGUGGUAUUUGUUUCAUUCAGUGGCGGGAUUGUGGUCCUAAUCAGAUCAUGUACUGCUUUAAUUAUAAUAUUGUGCUUUUUAGCCUUUUACAA